UGCAAGGAGUGUCCGAGUUGCACAUCCCUAAAGCAAAAGAAUUCCUUUUUUACGUCGGCCGUAGUUGGAUUCAGAUUCACAUUCAGACUUGGGUGGCUGGAUUAAAGCUAGAAUUGAAAUGACAGAGCCAAGAUGUCGAUAUCAAAAUUAUUCGUGAAAGUGUUCAACGAGGAUAUAUUCGAGCAGGUGGACCACGACAAUCUGUACUCGGAUUUGGACGAUGACUUGGAGGGUGCAAAUUGCUCAACGGUGCCGGAUCCGAAGCCCCCAAAGCUCGCAGAUUUGUCCGUGACCAAGCAGAUGAUCAUAGUGCGAACGUGGCUAGAUGACAAGUUCCAGCAAAUCCAGACGGACAGCAAUGAGGAGAUACGGCGCCUGUACACGGAGACGGAGAACCGCAUCGGGCCGGACCUGACCAUUUUCGACGUGGACUACACGACCACGGUGCGCGUGUCCCCGGAUCGCCUUACCCUGCGCUCCCAGGGAAGCUUCAAUACGGUCCGGGCAAAUUGUUGCGUGUACGGCGGGCGCUGGAUGUAUGAGAUCCACCUUCACACCAAGGGCGUCAUGCAGAUUGGGUGGGCCUCCAACUCCUGCCAGUUCAACGAAAACAGCGGCGUAGGGGAUACCAAGUGUAGCUAUGGAUACGAUGGCAGCAAGCAGCAGAUCUGGCAUAUAUCCACCAAGAAAUACGGUGAUAAAUGGCAGAUCGGCGACGUCAUCGGCGUGACCAUCGAUGUGGAGAAGGAAGUGAUCGAGUACUACCGAAAUGGACGCUCGAUGGGCGUGGCGUUCAACAAGCUGGAGAAAGGUCCGGGCAUAACUUUCUUCGCAGCCAUCUCCCUGGGCUACACGCAGGGUAUUGGGGCGAACUUUGGAAAUCGUCCGUUCAUGUAUCCGGUGGCGGGCUUCCAACCGCUCAUGGCCCGCCCCAUCCUCAAGCUGCGUCGGGCCAAUCUGCUGAUGAAUUACCUGAUAAACCUGGCUGGCAUCUUUUCCAAGUACAAUGCUCAGUCAGCGACAGCACCAAACAACUGCACUGAGGCACGCGUUUCCACCAAGAAGACGGUGUACUGCAUCUUUGCCACCUUGCUGAUUGAGAAGUUCACGAACGAGAUAUUUGAUCCGUACAUUAUCGAGGACGUGUUGCUCAACAGGAUCGCCAGCCUGACAACGCUGGGGGCCGAGAAGGAGAGCCGACACACCGUGCUUCAGGGCUUGUUGUCGCUUUUUUGGAACUACAUGGAGGGCGACGAGAUUAAGUUUGUGUUGCGCAAGCUGGUAAACGCCCUGCUGGGCACCUUUACGCAUACGAUUCAGGGUUUGGAUUAUGAAAAGCACCGCCAGGCAUUGAGUAUGCUUCACUGCCUCUGUCUGCACGAGCAGACCAGAAAAUAUCUGCUAGAGGGAAAGCUGUUCAAAAAGCACUGUCUUGCUUUUUUCCUUUAUAUCCAUCCACUGGAAUUCUACAUAAUGGAAGAGUUGCUACCAGACAGCAUGGCCUGGACGGAGGGAAUCGAUGGACCCAAAGAAAAGUAUCUGAAUGUAGUAGACAAGGUGCGAAAGGUCACGGAGCCAUUGUAUGCAGCACAAAAGGAUUUUCUAUCAACGUUGUUGAUCAACUUCGAUGGAACGCGAGAGAGUCCGUCCAGCCGGUCUAUAUUUCUCGUCAAGUUGCGUCGCUAUGUGAUCGAUCUCAGCAUGGAACAAAGGCCCUUCCAUGCCUUUUUCUUCAUGCAUUCUUCGAGCAUUCAACAUCCACUGGAUGCGCCUGUGGCCCUUGCCUUUGCAGGCAUUCUCAUUGAUCAGACACGCGCGAUGUUUAAGGAGGAAAUGCCCAGUAAGGUUGUGGAGGUGAACAGCGACUUUUUCAUCGAUGGUACUUUUGACUAUAUGCACUUCGAUCGUGUUGGCGGCGUCCUGUCUCAUUUGAGAAAAGUCCAUCGGGGUGACAUCGAUGCCAGGUUAGGAGCGGAUCGCACGCAACAGAUAUAUGAUGAUGAUCGACAGAACUUGCGGGUCAAUGAAGUGGAUACCACGCUGUACCUGUUGGGCGAGAAUAUCAAUAAUGUGGCUGUAGUUGGACACACUCAGGGCGCCAGCAACAGCACAUACACCCACUUCCUGAACCCAAGACCCAGCAACAGCGCCGAAUCUACGCCGGGAAAUGCGGAUAUGGAGAUCAGUCUUUGUGAGCUCUUGGAUUUGUGCAUCAUCUUUUAUUACUCGGCGGGUCACAAGUAUAUUGUUAAGAUAGCCACGGUGAGGGACGAGAUCGCUGCUCUGAACGAAGUGCUCAAGGAGACGAAAUUCUACCGAGAGGACAUAGAACGUAAGUUGGUUGCGUUGGAGCAGCAUGCCAAUGUCUGCAUGAACGAGAACCACCAGCAUGUGAUGGGCGAGCUUCGGUCCAAAUUCAGUCAGCGCCAGAAUGUCUUUGCGACACGCUCCAUAGCGCUGGCUAGAAAACAAAUUUGGCUAAGAGCAGUGGCCCUGAAUGGUCACAGACGAUCCUUGCUCAUAUGGCUCCUAGAGCGUAUGCUUCGAACUCUGACGACCGCUUCGAACACCGGUUCUUUGUUCUCAUUUGUACCUGAGGUGUAUGUGAAUACACUGCCUAUUCUGCUGGAUGCCGUGAUGGACUUCAGCCACCAUGAUUUAAAGGCCCAGUUCGAGGCAUCAGAUGCGGAGUGCGGCGUGAAUUCGGCAGCCGAAUUUCUAGGCAUUCACUCGGCCGAUCCUCGCAUUGUGCUUGCCUCCUGCAAGGACUCCAUGCUGCAGGCUCUGGGCACCCUCACCUGCCACAAGUCCGGAGUGCGCGCCCUGGAACGAACAUCGAAGAGAGCGCAGGCUUGUCUGGUUCGAGCACUCCUGCGUCCCUACGAGAACAGGGCCUGGGGCCAGAGCAAUUGGCUACUCUUGCGCUUUUGGAUGGGCGAGGGCUAUGCCUACAAGGAUGCCCGCCAGCCAUCCGUGUGGCAGGGUGGAUCGCUGCCGCUCCAUCAAGGACUAUGUCGCAGUCGCUCCAGGAACGAGACACACACGGGGCUCCUGCACAACGUUGCCCCCGCCAAUCCUUCCAAGCAUUUUCAACGGCUGAUCGGCGCCAAGCUGCUGGAGGAUGAGCCCUUUGCCACCGCCUUUCUCAACUCGGUGUUAAGUCAACUAAACUGGGCCUUUUCUGAAUUUAUUUUGCUGCUGCAAGAGAUCCAAAACACCGCUCAGAGGCAGGAAAACACACUGUUCGAGCCCAAGCAGCUGAAGAUUUGCUCCAUGUGUUUCGAGUUGACAGUCUCGCUGAUGCGGUGCCUUGAGAUGGUCAUCACAGCAGCGCCUGAAGUCGUCACGGAUGCAUCUCGUCCCAACAGCGAUCUCCUGCUGAACCGCAUCUGCCAGCUUAUCAGCCAGGUGCUUUCGCGGGUGACAGUGCCACCGGGAUGCUUCCAGUUCGUGGUGGAUAUGUGCUCGGCGGACUUGAAUGCAGUCACUCACUACCCCAUUGUGACCGCCGCUUUGGGCAUUCUAUUGGCCCUGAUGCAGGAGGAGUUGGAGAGCGACAUGAGGCCACAGAUUGUGACGCGAGUGUCCCGGGCUUUUCUCACCGAUCCCAGUUUUCAGUUCGCCACGCUGGAGUUUGCUCUGGGAGAAAUACGAACACCGCUGCUAGAGCAAAAGACUAUACCCCGGGGCAAUUUUGAUCCCUCUUCCAGGCCACACAUCGAUCCGCUGACCAACGAUGUACGAGUGCCUCUACCCAACAACUCUAAGCGAAUUCGGGCCGAUCCGCCCAUCCUGAAGUUUGCCCUCAAUGAUUUUCCCUCUCAUGUUUCCGCCGAGGAGAUAGACAACGUGCGCAGCCUAAUCGAGAGUUUACGCGUUAAACAGACGCUUCUAUCGGACAUUACACUGCCAUCGGAGGACUCCUUGUGCCCGAUCUGUUGUGCCAAGCCAAUCACCGCCGUGUUUACGCCCUGCAAGCAUCAGUCCUGCAGCGACUGCAUCAUGCAGCACAUGAUGAACUCCAAGGUAUGCUUCUACUGCAAGACCACCAUCCAAACCAUUGAGACGUUGGAUGGCACGGUCAUCUUCUCCAAUGACGAAGUCGUUCCGACGCCCAUGGUCGAAAGGGCCUAAACGAAAAACCCACCGAAAGCAAUCGAAGAAGCAUUCCUUUCGAAAGCCCAACCAAGUCUAGUCACUCUCAAAGACGAUCUCCUACGCUUUAAGUGUAUACCUAUAUCGUAUUGUUUCGUACAGUUUUAUUUGAGUUGAACGCUUGCCAUUAUAAGUUCAGAUGUGAUAUGCCAAAAGUGCAAUGUAAAGAUGUUGAAAAUAAGCAAAAAUGAAGUAUUAGAAUGAUUUAAACCGAAAAAUAUAUUAAGUAGCACAAUA